AUGGCAAUGCUCAAGCAACUGACAAUUAAUAAGCCUUUGAUUGAAGCACUUGAUCAAAUGUCAGGCUAUGCAAGGUUCAUGAAAGACCUCAUCACGAAGAAGAGAAAGGCUGACCCAGGAGUGUUCACUAUUUCGUGUAAAAUUAGGUCUCUGGAUGUUGCAAAGGCAUUAUAUGAUUUAAGAGACAGUGUGAAUAUGAUACCACUGGCUGUAUGUAAGAGGCUUGGUUUAGAAGCUCCUACACUCACUAACAUGCAACUCGUAAUGGCAGAUAGGCUGAUAAAGCAGUCGGUUGGAAUUUUGCAUGAUGUGUUGGUGAAAGUGGAAGAUUUUAUUCUUCCUGCUGAUUUUGUGGUAUUGGAUUGUGAUGUGGACCUUGAGAUACCCAUUAUUUUUGGUAGGCAACUCUUAGCAACAGAAAGAGUAAUAGUGGACAUGAAGUUGAACGAGCUUAAAUUUAGGCUCGAUAAGAAAGAGGCAAAAUUCAAAAUGCAUCAACCCAUGUCACAACAAAAUGAUAUGAAUGUCUUCUCUGUCAUUGAUAUCUUCUAUGAUAUUGGAAAAGGGGGAUCAACAGGUUGUCUUGGCGAAGUCUGA